AUGGGGCUAUUGAAUCAAUACUUUAUUAUAGUUUGUUCGAUUGGAUGUUGUUCAGCUCAUUUACACUUGUCAAAUCAUCAUUGUUUAGAUGGACCUAAUUUGUGGUGUUUAAAUAAUAAAACUGAAUCAAUAUGUAAUUUUACCAAUAAAACUAUUGGUAUUUGUGGAUAUUCAAAUAAACGAUGUCCAGUAACAACCGAACCCAAUGGUGGCUUAACUGGAGUUGACGAUAGUUUAUUUUCGUAUUAUAUUCGUGAUCUUUAUUGA